AUGCUCCGUCUCAAGGCGCGGGAGUCGUCGCGCGCGCCGUUCAGCUUUAGCGUGGCGCCUCCGCCGGACGACGAUGGACCUGCGACAAGUAACAAGUUUCCGCAUCCACCAGGAGCGUUCCUCACCGAACGCGAUAUGCACAUGUACGGCGCACAGCCACUCGGCGAAGAGCCGGGCCGCGGCGUCGUACGGUGUACCCGGUGCGCGCGGACUGUGCUCGAGUGGGCCGCGGGAGAACACAUGCGUAUCUGCUCUCAUGUGCUGGAUGGCACGCCGCUGAAUGCCAAGAAGGCCAAAGUGGACAAGAAGGUCGAAGGCAAGAAACGGCGGGCGUCAGAGGUGUCAGAUACCCCUGACUCGCCGACCAAGAAGAAGGCGCGAGUGCUCGAGAUGUCGCUUGACGACGAUGAGAUGGACCCCGCCGCAUACAAGGGUCUCAAGAAGAGCGAGAUCAAGAAACUGCUCAAGGAGCGCGAGCGGCUCAAGAAGCGCGCUGCCAAGGAGGCCGAGAAGGCGCAGGCGGCAGAGCGGCGCAGGGCACGGGCCAACAACCCGCUCGACUACGACCGCCAAUGCGGUGUAAUCAACGACAAGGGUCUCCCGUGCUCCCGUUCCUUGACAUGCAAGACGCAUACCGUCGGCGCCAAACGCGCAGUCCAAGGCCGUACCCGUCUCUACGACGAGCUAUUCCUGGAAUGGCAGCGCGCCCACAACCCAAACUUCAAGGAACCCGCCCCGAAACGCGAAGCCAAAGUCGUCCCAAAGGUGGUCAAGAAGAAGCGCGUCGUGCCGGACGAAGAGGGACUGCGGGCGGACGAGGACGGCCGGCGCGAGAUGGACGAGCUUAUUCGCGCUGCUGCGCGGGCUGGCGAUCGCGUUAAACUCGCUCCGGCGCCGCGGCCUAUUUCGAGCCCGUGGCGGACUACUACUUACGAACAGAUCAGUAUGGGCGAUCUUCUGACCAAGGCUUUGGCAGCGCGCCCACGGCCCGCACCAAGUAGUAUUACUCCACAGAGGCUGGGGAGCCAGAGCAAGCCCGGGCCAGCGGUUGUGGCACCCAUGCUGGCGCCGGCUAGUGUUACCGCCUAG